AGAACAGCAGCAAGACCAUAUGAAACGGUUCAUCAAAGAGGCUUCCGUUCAGAUUAUGAGGUCUUCUCGUCCAGGUCCCGGCUGGGCAACUGCAUUUGAUGGUUCCUCGUACUUCCGAUGUUGCAAACUUUGUUCGUUAUAUCGACGAGGCACGCCUUUCGUUCAUUCCAUCUAUGGGGAUCUGUUCCAACUCAAUUAGUGCUCGUUUCGUCAAAUCCAUAAAUUCUAGUCUCCAACCUAGACUAUACACACAGCUAAACGCUUUCCGCCUUGUCAAAGGAUACGACCUGCAUGCAGACCUCUUUUACAAUGGCAACGUUGAAGAAAUUGAUGCCGCUUUUCGAAGUGGAGUCAUAACUCCAUACGAUAAAGACUGCAUAGGAAGCAUUAUGUGUCCUUGGCUUGCAGCCCGAUAUGUUUGCCUAGAGGUAUUGCAAUACCUUGACAGCUAAGGAGGGGGGCAGUCGGCCUUGAAUGGCGAACUAGACGCUCUAAGCGGAUUUUGGCAUG